AUGGAAAGACGCAUGGCAGAAGAUGGGCACAACAACCCAGACGCAGAAUAUGAGUUGGAGAGAUUCCCGUCGCCAAAGGGGCAAACAAACUCGCAGCAAUACCAGAUCAACCAGUCGAGAGAGGAAUCGAAUCUCCUCUCCAGACCAAACUCAUCACCAGAGUCAAUGCCAGGAUCACCAGAAUCUCAUAAACAUGAAGCAACGCCUCGGCGGUCAAGCAAGGCACUCGCUGCUGAGAAGCUUCGCAAUCGUCCCAAGAGACUACGAAAAGCCCUUGUUGCAAACUUUCUAAGAUGGUGCUGUUCGAUGCUAUUCGUUGUAGCCAUUUACGUGGUGCUCUGGUACUAUUCACAGCAAAGUAUCAUGUCAACACCAACGAAACGAGAGUUCAACGCCCUCAUCAUUGGGCUCUCUCUUGGUCUUGGAAUGAGUAUAACUAUAUCCCUGGAGGCUAUGGCUGUAGAGAUCAGAUACUGGAUACUGGGUCUCCGGAAUUGGUCAGAUCGAGAGACCGAGUUGAUACUGAAAGCCAAGGACUUGACCAAGAUCAUUCAACUAACCUGGAAGUCUCGCUCGCGUUCCCUACGCUCCUACGCAGGUGCUUUCAUAAUACUUAACUUGGUAUCCCAAAUUGCCCUGGCCAUGUUGGGUCUCGUAUAUUCGACAAACACGGCAGACGAGUCUGCAAUUCUCAGGCCUGGCAAUGUCACUGUGCCGGACAUGUCAGAUUUGGUCACCAACAGAGUCCUCUCAUCCAAAUCACAAGCGUUGGGGGCAUUGCGAUACACUGCAAAUAGUUAUGGUACCAUUGCCCUUGGAUGGAUCUGGGGAGGCAUGGAUGACGCUCCUACGCCCGGAACAUUAUGGGAUAACAACGACCCCCUGAUAUACUGCGGUGGAAAAUCCUGCAAGUUUGUGUUCCAAGAAUCAGCAUCAAGGCCAAAGAAAUACGACCUUGUCGUAAGCACGAAUCGCAGUGUCGAGGCCACGGGGCGCUGCCGUAGCUGGAAAGUUGCAAAGGGAGGUGACGGAAACGAGACAACCAUUACCAUCGCGGACGAUAAACGAACCGAAGUCAACAUCACGGCGAUAAAUGGCGUCAACCAAACAACCUUUAUGUUCAACGCCGCAACAGAUCAAGGAUUGACCUGGAGUGAGAUCACAGCCUUCGAAGCCUCAAGCUCCAGUCCCUGGUUCUACCGCUGCAACGUCAGCUUCGGUCCCGUAGUCAACGCCUUCCGCAAAGAGCACUAUAUCGGCUCCAACAUCACCUCUCUCGCCUCGUCAGCCAUAGCUCUCCAAGGAUACGGCGCUUCCUCGCUGGGUCCCACCAACACCGAUCACCAGUUCCAGAGCUAUCCUGCCGAGUCGACGUAUGGGGAGCCCCUGACUGGGGAUACAGAUACUAUGGGAAUGUUGACGGCCGCCUUUGCAGCAGGAGUCGUGGCUGUUGCGGCGCAGGUUUCGCCAAACAAUCUCAUAAUACCUGGACUUCGGCCCGAGAAUGGUGUUGUGCUCCAAAUUUCCAAGUGGAUGUAUGUUCACCUAAUAUUGGGGCUGAGUCUAGGUGUGCAGUUAUUGCUGGGGAUUGGGAUCGCAAUCCUUUCCAACUGA